AUGGCUACCCAACCUCUCUCGCACACGUUUCAGCGUGACUGGAAAGUCAUACUCAUAUGCGUCCUGGUUACCACUGGCGCGCUCCAAUUCGGAUAUGACAGCUCAUACUUCAGUGGCAUCCUUGCUAUGCAACCCUUCGUCUCGAUAUACGGGCACUACGACGCUGACACCGCGAAAUACGUUUUGACCUCACGCGUCCAGUCCAUCAUCACCAGUAUCAUCAAUGUCGGAGAGUUCGUCGGUGCUGUGAGCUCCUUCAUCGUCGGUGACAUGCUUGGCCGAAGAUCUGGACUGUUGGUUGCUAUGGCUUGCGUCGUGCUUGGCACGAUCUUGCAGCUGGCUGCAAAUCUCAUUGGCGUUCUCAUCGCAGGACGACUGGUCGUUGGCUACGCUGUGGGCCUGCUGUCCUGCCUGGUCCCUCUGUAUGUGGCGGACUGUGCUCCGGCUCAAUUCCGGGGUGCUCUGGUCACCAUGUACCAGUUCUUCAUCGCAAUAGGCCUCAUUCUGGGCGUUGUUGUUGACGACGGCUCUCACACACGAACAGACACUGGCUCUUUCCGAAUUCCCAUGGCCAUACAGCUUGUCUUCCCAAUGAUCCUUGUACCGACGCUACUUUUCCUGGCUCCAGAAUCGCCACGCUGGCUGUUAGGCAAAGGCAAAGUUGAUCCAGCCAAGAAAGCUUUGACCCGUUUGUAUGGCAAGCACGUCGACAACAACAAGCUCGACGAGCAGCUUUCCGCGAUGCAGAACAGCGUUACCCAAGAACAAGCGCAGGAGUCAUCGUGGAGAUCUAUCUUUAGCUGGGGACCCGAAGGGCGCAAAGCCUACUUGGCGUGCAGUAUGCAAGCUUGGUCACAAGCGUCGGGCAUCAACUUCAUCGUCAGCUACGGUGUAGUAUUCUUUGCCGACGUUGGAAUCGACAACCCGUACUUGAUCAGCACUGGCCUCUACCUCACCACGCUGCCGGGCAUCUUCAUCAGUCAAUAUGGUAUCGAAAAGUUCGGACGUCGACCAAUGAUGUUACUUUCCGGCUCACUCGUUGCAGCUGUACUGCUAGUCAUGGCAGGGUGUGCACUUGCGCCUGAAAAGACGCGUACGUUGGAACAGACGAUCGUCGCCAUGGUUUUCAUCUUCCUGUUCGCCUUCAACCUUGCAUGGGGUCCAACUACGUGGGUCUUCACAUCAGAGAUCGCCACUGGUCCAAACCGGGGGAAGAUAUUUGCACUCGCAACAGGAACUAACUGGCUCUUCAAUUGGAUGGUGAGCUUCACAUUUCCCUACCUAUACAAUCCGGACGGAGCGAAUCUUGGAUCAAAGAUUGGCUUCCUCUAUGGCGGUCUCAUGGUCUUGGGGUGCCUUUGGGUGUAUUUCUUCCUUCCAGAAACUGCUCGCCGAUCCCUGGAAGAGAUUGACUACAUGUUCUUGCAUCAUGUGCCAGCAAGAGACUUCUCAGUCUUUCAAGUACCCGAUCUAGCGAACGCCGAGGCUGCACUCGCGGACAAAACUUUGGAGGAGAAGGCGCCAUACGCCCUCCUCGCCGCAGCCAAGCAACCGCCCUUCAUCAACGACGAGUACGUGCUAUUUUUCGGCUACGAGGGCGAGGACCCACACGUGUGCUUCCAGCAAUGGUUCCCCUGCCAGUUCGACGCCGCCGUUUGGACAGAGGCCUCCUCAGCUGCCAAAGCCGGCAAUCGUGACGCGCAGCAAUCACGAGGCGAGUCGUUGUUGUUUAGCUCGGCGGAGCAGUUCAUGAUGCAUUCGAAAGCUUUGCUGUUUGGGGACGUCGAGACCGCGCAGCGCAUCAUCGCUGCUCCUCACCCCAGCACAGCGAAACAACUAGGCCGCCAAGUUCAGAAUUUCGAUCAGAAGGUAUGGGACGCGUACUGUGAUACGGUCGUAGAGCAAGGCAAUUACGCGAAGUUCUCGGACGCGAGGAAUCGGGAUUUGAGGAGCGUCUUGAUUGGGACUGGGAAUAGGAAGAUUGUUGAAACGAGUCCGGAUGAUCGGGUUUGGGGGAUCGGGUAUAGCACGGAGGAGGCGAGGGAGAGGUUAAGGGAGGGAAAGGGGGAGGAGGGGUGGGGUGGGAAUGGACUGGGGAGGGCGCUGAUGCGCGUGAGGAAGCGGUUGACGGAGGAGGAUCAGGGCUGA